ACUAUUAUAAAGGCAACGUUAUCUUAUCGCUUUUUAAAAGCAUUUGUUGCAUAACAAUAUUCAUGAAUUAGACGAAGUGAGUUAUGCGCAUUCUACUCAGGCCAUUUAUUGCGUCCAGACAAGUAUUGCGGCAGCAACUAAAUAAUAAAGUGAUACCAAUAAAGCUAAGACAUCCUUUUACAACAGCGUUAGUGUGGAGAGCAAUGGAAGAUAAAGAAGCCUUGAAAAAGCGUUUAACGCCACUGCAAUACCAUGUCACUCAAGAAGCUGGAACCGAACGACCAUAUACAGGGUGCUACAAUAAAUUUUACGAAGAAGGAAUGUAUGUGUGUAUAGUCUGCAGACAGGACUUGUUUAGUUCUAAAACCAAGUUUGACUCUGGUUGUGGCUGGCCGGCAUUCAAUGAUUGCCUAGCUAAAGAUAAAGUCACUUUGCACCAGGAUACAAGUGCAGUUGGAGCGAAUAUAUUACUAGUUUUAACACGGCCAGGUUUGGUGCGAACCGAGGUGCGAUGCUCCAAGUGCUCCGCUCACCUGGGGCACGUGUUCGAUGACGGGCCGGCGCCCACCAAGAAACGUUUCUGUAUUAAUUCCGCCUCGAUGGACUUCAUACCAGCCGAAGAAAGGAAGGAUUAGCUUUUCUUCAAUAUUUUCUAAAAUAAUACGGUAUGUCGAUAUGUUACCGAUA